GCUGGGGAGGGCCAGGGAAGCGCGGAGCCCUCCCGCUGGUUGGGCCCGGCCGCGGCAGCCCAGCGGGGUCCUGCCAGUCCUUCCACUGACAACACCCCGCGAAGGAGGAGCCUCGCCGGGCCGUGCUGAAGGCGUCAGGAGCUGCAAUUUCCAACUUAGCAUCUUGGCAGGACCCUUCGGAAAGCGAGAGCGAGGAGGAAGGGGGAAAAAAAAAAGCCCCCCAGUACAAGGGGGAGAGAGAGAGAAAGAGAGGAGUGGGGGAGGGAAAGAGGGGAAAGCAAGGGGGGGAGAAAAAGGAGGAAGCGGUGCCCGGCUGCAGGCGAAAGCGGAGCAGCAGCCCCGGCGCAGAGCAAGGUGCCGCCGCUGCCCAGCUGGCGAGGGCGGAGAGGCGCCCGCGAAGCCCCGGCCGCAGCCGCCCCAGCCCGGCAGCGCGGCGGCUCCCUCCCGGCGCCUUGGGCUCCCGGGUAUAUGUGUGCGCCUGGCCAUGUCGUAUCCUCAGGGUUACUUGUACCAGCCGUCAGCGUCCUUGGCUCUCUAUUCCUGCCCGGCGUACAGCACCAGCGUGAUCUCCGGACCCAGGACCGAUGAACUUGGGAGAUCUUCUUCGGGCUCCGCUUUUUCCCCUUAUGCCGGAUCUACCGCCUUUACCGCCCCUUCCCCGGGUUACAACUCCCACCUCCAGUACGGCACCGACCCGGCCGCCGCCGCCGCCGCCGCCUUCACUUCCUACGUGGGCUCGCCCUACGACCACACGCCGGGCAUGGCCGGUUCCCUGGGGUACCACCCGUACGCGGCGCCGCUCGGCUCCUACCCCUACGGGGACCCCGCGUACCGCAAGAACGCGACGCGGGACGCCACGGCCACCCUCAAGGCCUGGCUCAACGAACACCGGAAAAACCCCUACCCCACCAAGGGCGAGAAGAUCAUGCUGGCCAUCAUCACCAAAAUGACCCUCACCCAGGUCUCCACCUGGUUCGCCAACGCCCGCCGGCGGCUCAAGAAGGAGAACAAGAUGAGCGGCGGCGGGGGGCACGGGCACCCCGCCGGCGGCCCCGCCGCCGCCGCCCCCGGCGCCCACUUCAAUGGAUUAAACCAGACUGUCCUCAGCAGAGCCGAGAGCUUGGCUAAAGACACUAAAAUGAUCAGGAGCCAGUCCCAAGUAGACCUUUGCAAAGACUCACCUUACGAACUGAAGAAAGGUAUGUCCAACAUUUAAUAUCGGCUUCUCCUCCCUAAACCCUCCUGGGACUGUGGUUUUGUUCCCUUUUUUUUUCUUUUUUUAAUUUAUUUGAGAGAAUAAUAAAUUGCUUUGGCAGUUAUUUUUCCAGUACCAAAAGAAAAACAAAACAAACAGAAAAAGACCAGCUCCCCCCUCCCUCCCAGCACCCUCUUCAAAAGUUUAUAGAGUCUAUUUGAAAUGGCUGGGUGGAAACCGCCCAGAAAUGUCUUAAGCAAGUGAAAAGCAAACGAGUGACACGCUCUCUCUCACACACACAAAGAAGAAAGAUUUGUAUUAAAUCUUAUUCUGUAUAUUUAAUGUAGCUUUUUUGUAUUUAAAUUGAUAAUACAGUAUCUUUGAAGUAAAUUAUGAAAUCAAGACAACUGUACAGGCAUUAAUGUUGUUUUCGUAAUAUAAAUA